UGUGUGUGUGUGUGUGUAGGGGGAGGUACAGUCAGUCAGUCGCUCAGAGCGCAGUAGUACGCAGAGGUGAAAGCUCAGCGUGACAGUGUGUGUGUGAUCUCUCCUGUGUGUGAGAACAUGGGACAUAUUUGGAUACCCGAGAGCAUUUACAGCACAAGCAAUAAUAUCCAGCUGGUCGGAAUAUCGUUUAAUCCCUCACCUUCUGCGCCUCGCCCCAGAACCGCCUGAUAUCGCGCAGAGAUCCAGAGACGAGCAGCGUUAACUUACACCAAUCUUUGUUAUUCAGAGAAAAACAGAAAUGGAGCCAUGAUUUCUGCCAGACGCGCUAGCAUCGUCUGCUCAAGCUAACUGGAGCGCGAAUGUGGAUAUCUUUCUUCCAUUCUUCAGGCUAAAGUUAUUUUUUUAACCUCAAAUUGCAGACGGAAUAUAUUACUGGACGAGUGAAUACGGCUGGACAUUUUAAAGGCUAUACGCUUUAAACAAGUCUCCAUUUCCGGAUCUUGACUGGACUGGUGGGAAAUGGUUUGAUUUGGUCAGUCUGCUGAUUUGGCCUCACACCCAUUCAAAGAUAGACCUGACACAAGAGACUCAUAGACUCCUAGAGCUCUGGAGGAAUCAGGGUCCAUCUUUGGCAUCAGAGAGGGACACACGCAGUUGUCUCCUGUCCUUUGCUGUCACUCUGGCUCUGAUGUGAGCGAUCAUGGGCACCCAGGGAAGCCCUGUGAAGAGCUACGACUACCUGCUCAAGUUCCUCCUGGUGGGAGACAGCGAUGUGGGGAAAGGAGAGAUCCUGGACAGCCUUCAAGAUGGAUCUGCUGAGUCUCCAUAUGCCUACAGCAGCGGAAUCGACUACAAGACGACCACGAUCCUGUUGGACGGGCGGAGAGUGAAACUAGAGCUUUGGGACACCUCAGGACAAGGCAGGUUCUGCACCAUUUUCAGGUCGUACUCCAGAGGAGCGCAGGGGAUCCUGUUGGUGUAUGACAUCACCAACCGCUGGUCGUUUGACGGGAUAGACCGCUGGAUCAGGGAGAUUGAUGAGCAUGCACCUGGCGUGCCUCGUAUUCUUGUGGGUAACCGGCUGCACCUUGCGUUCAAGAGACAGGUCCCCACAGAACAGGCACGGGCGUACGCAGAAAAAAACGGCAUGACGUUUUUCGAAGUGAGUCCCCUCUGCAACUUCAACGUCAUAGAGUCCUUCACGGAGCUCUCACGCAUCGUGCUCAUGAGACAUGGCAUGGAGAAGUUCUGGAGGCCCAACAGAGUAUUCAGUCUGCAGGACUUGUGCUGCCGUGCCAUUGUUUCCUGCACCCCUGUGCACCUAAUCGAUAAGCUGCCGCUUCCUGUGGCCAUCAAGAGCCAUUUGAAGUCAUUCUCCAUGGCCAACGGCAUGAACGCCGUCAUGAUGCACGGUCGGUCCUACUCCCUGGCCAACGCUGCCGGAGGCAGCAAAGGCAACAGCCUCAAACGCUCGAAAUCCAUCCGGCCGCCUCAGAGUCCGCCACAGAACUGCACCAGAAACAACUGUAAGAUCUCCUAGCCUCCGGGCAUAGGGGUGGGACCGUCCCCCCUCCCUUCCCUUAUAUAACACUCAGGUGCACACGGACAAACACACAAGGAAACCAACACAGGGCUGGGUCGAUGACGCAACAGAGGUGUGGCACCUCCCAGCGUGGGGAGAGCAGGAUGUGAACAAACACUUCCUGGCGCUACAAACGGCUACAUUUCUCCCCUCACCUUGCUGCAGUACAUUUGAUUUCUCACCAACAGACCGUGAAUAAAAACGAGUCCUUCAUCAGACUCUUUGAUUUCGUUGCAGUGACCACUUACAGCAUGUUGCCUACUUCGCUAGCGCCCUCUGCUGGAGAAUUUAUGCAGAUUAAACCCUGCACUGGCCUAAUUUUGAAGUUGUUUUAUGGGCUUACUUUGCUUUGGUUGUGUUCUCAGUUGCCUCAUACUCAUUAUCCUCUGUGCUUUGCAUAUGGUGUUCCUCUUUCUGGCUCUGUGCGGGGGUCUGUUCUCCCUGCUAAAAUGAAGUACCUCAAACGGUCACAUGGUCUUGCAUGCUUACCAACAAUGAGAGGGCUGAUGCGAAAUGACUUGUAGUGCUUGCGUAUGAACUGAUUUAUUAAAAAUGUGAUUUGCACUGCAAAUUGGUGGUCUCUGAAUUUGCCGGCCGUUUGCACAAUGACUUAAUCAACAGAGUGACUGUGUUGUUGAAUGUGGACUGUGGGACCACUCGGCUGAGAGAGACGGCACAAGCAUUUCCUGGCACCUUCUGUUCGCCAUCUUUACUUGCUGGAAAGUCCUUGAAGAUCCAGAAAAUGGUGUUUGAUGAAAUGUUCCUCUUUAAGUCAGAACUGUCUUCUCCUUAAACAUGGAUUACAGGAUAUUUCUCCUCAGGGGACAGUAUUGGCAAAGAGUCUUUUUAGUUUUCUUCUUCUCCUUUUUUUUUUUACUCACAGCUCCUUACUUAAUCUGAUUUGCUUUUUCCUGCAUGUCUUGUGGGAUUAUUCAUCAUAUUUUAACAUUAUACUGUAAUUACCUCUGAUUUUCUCAUUUAUGACCCAGCAUUUGCACCACAUUUCAGUACUUUCCCGUUAUACUUUCUGUGCAGUUACACGCUUUCACUCUUGUCUGGCUAAAAUGCACAAUGCUUUCAAAUCCCACGUGUUCUACCAGUUUUCAGUGUUGUCGCAUGAGUUCAAAAGUCAGGUCUUUGCUCGAAGCCCUUUUAAUCUGCACAUACAGCAUGGUUUCUCUAUAGAUAAAUGUCAGAAUGAAGGAUAAACCCGUUCAAGCUUGCUCCUAAAUAUCAAGCACAAAUGAAAUGGUGACGUCACAAGUGGAAUCCACAGCACUUCCUUUCGCUUUUCCCGGCGGUGUCGAGUCACGUCAGAAACACUGGUGCAUUUCUUCCAGGUCUGAUGAGCCAUGGUUGCUGAAUAAUAGAUGUUCCGCAUUUUUUCAAACCACCCAACAGUCUUUUUCCUCGUUUCUCCUCCACCCCCUUCAUCUCAGGGAUGAGCCCCGUCCUCCAGCGACAGACCUGCCCAAUGAAGCCUGUUUAAACCGGGCUGAGCGACAGGCUGCCAGCAGGAGGCCUUUAAACUUCCUCUAGAGGGCUGCAAGCUCUCGGUGUUUGACCUAUAAGCUAUUUGCUACAGGCCUUUUGCAGUCGCUAUAGCUGAUAGAAUGAACCUGGCACAUGUUGGUCUUGCUUUUAGAGCAGUUGUGUGUAUUAGUGUCCAUCUGUUGGGUGGCAUAAAUACUAAAGGGUCCACAGAAUGUGUUAUUUGACUCCACCCAUAAUCUUUGAAUCCCGAAAGGCUGUGGUAAUAGAAAUACUACAAAGAAGUGUUCUUUUAUUCCUUUUUGGGCACCUUCAGAAUCCGUAGGUAUUAGUUUGAGCCUCUCGCCUGAGAGCAAUGGUUGUUCUUCUCUGUAAUAUGCACAUCAUACGGUGCAAAGAAAUUCUGUGACUUAGUUAGAACGUUCCAUUUCAACUUUUUUUGUAUUGUAAAGUGUUUUUCCUCUUUGUAACUCAAGCCUCUGAUUAUAUUUAAAAAGAAAAAAAACAUGUUCAUGGUUUUUAAGUGUAACCUCGGGCAGUAUGACGGGACCAUCCUGGUCUUUCCAAAGUGGUGGUCUCUUCUGUGUGAAUGGGAUAAAGGGAAAUUGUGAUUUGGUGGAGCAGUAGGAACACACAAUUGUAAACACUAUUUUCCUUUGGUUGAAGCUAAAAGCUGCUGAAAUACCUGCAUAAUUAUCAGAAGUUCUUGCAACAAUAACAAUGAAAAAACCUUUUUUUAAAUUAUUGAUUGUACAGUUCUUAGUGUAUGAAAAGUGACGACUUUUUCACAAUAAAAUUGAAAAUGUUAUCAGUAAA